AUGACCUGCGUUACUCUUGUGCUUCUGGAUAUGUCUUCCGCUCUGACUUCCACACCAUCCGCGCCUUCAUCACCUUUCCAUAUCCCUUCACGCCAGUACUCUUACUCCAGAUCGCCCAGGGCAUCGCCGCGACUCUACGCAGCCUCGCCCAAACGUGGACCGAGGACCGCGACCCCCACCGCCGCGACGUCGGCUCCAAGACAGCUCAAGGAGCAGCAGCUCGCAGGUAGUGAGCCGGCGGUAGGAGGAGCGUCCAAGGGCUACGUGGAUGCCGGCACGCAGUACAGCCCGGACGGAUUUCCACCUACCGCUGGUCGCAACGUGGCUGUCUCCACCGCUUCCCAAUUACAGCCUCCGGGCUCGGCGGGCAGCGCGAAGAAGAGAAAGGAAAGCGGGCGGUCCGAAUCGCCGUCGCGACAGCAGAUGAGUGGGGCAGAUGAGCCUGCGCGAAGCAGUACUCAGGCAGCAGCCACACCAGGGGAACCUGAUGCACGACGAGACCCAAGUGCGGUCGCUACGCCUGAAGCGAAUAGUUCUGCUCGACCAGCAUCUUCUACAGCAGGUCUACCGCAACGGGCAGCAGCACCGCAAGACCCAGAGCCUGAAGAAGCUCGCUCAACCCAUGGCCACUCAUCUGCGCCCAAGAGAUCUAGACCUGACCCAGCCACAGUCAAACAAAUGCCUCGCCAGUACUGGACCUGCAACCCAAAGGACUUAGGUGUACUCAUAUCCAACAUGCUCAUGGAACUCAUACGGCUGAAUGACAGAAUACCACUUAGAGAUGGACGACUAACUCGUUUCCACUCGCGAGCACCACCUGGAAUAAGUGUGCAAGAUUACCUCCAACGUCUCAUCCAGCACGCAACCCUCUCACCACCAAUAUUACUCAGCAUGGUAUAUUACAUCGAUCGGUUGUGUGCGCUAUACUCUGCAUUCACAAUCAACAGUCUAACGGUCCAUCGUUUCCUGAUCACGGCAGCGACGGUCGCCGCCAAAGGCCUUAGUGACUCCUUCUGGACGAACCCAACCUACGCCAGGAUUGGUGGUAUUCCUGUCACCGAGCUGGCGACGUUGGAACUCGAAUUUCUGCAGAAAGUGCAGUGGAAGAUUGUGCCGAAGCCCGAGAAUCUGGAGGAUUAUUAUAAGAGUUUAGUCGAUCGCACGGAAGGAUUUGAGCUUGAGCCGGGAAGUUCUGGGAGUAGUAGUAUUGAUGAAAGUGAGGGGAGUGGAGGGAGUGCAGACGGAGAUGCGGGUGAAGAUGCGCAGAUGGUUGACAAGCCUGCAUGA